AUGGCCGGGGUCUCGGCGGAGCUGGAGCUGUUCCGUCGCCGCUGGCGGGAGGAGCUGGCGGGGGGCGCGAAGCGGCGGCGGCGGGAGGUGGUAGCGGAGCCCGCGGCGAAGCCCGAGAGCAGCAGCAGCUCGGAGCCGGCCGAGCCGGGCUACCUGGCGCUGGCUCGCGGCCUGCUGGACGGCGGCUCCCAGCCCGCCCCGGCCCGCCGCAGCCCGUCGCCUGCCCGCCCCGCCGAGGAGCCCGCGGGGGACGGAGGCGGCGACGGCAGCGACGAUCUAUUGGGGCAGCUCAUCCGGGACUUGAAUGAAAUAAAUGAGGUUCCUUUCUUUGAUGUCCAGCUGCCUUAUGAACUAGCACUGAAGAUAUUUCAGUACCUGGGCAAGACUGAAUUGGGAAGGUGUGCUCAGGUCAGCAGGACAUGGAAAGUGCUUGCAGAAGAUGAAGUGCUGUGGUACCAGUUGUGCCAGCAGGAAGGCUACCUGCUGGGUACCAGCAUCUCUGACCAUUCCUCCUGGAAGCUGGCCCUCAGGAACUGCCAUGCCAGGGAGCGCACUUUGACCACCAACUGGAAGAACCGCAUCGGUGCUGUGAGCCAGCUGCAGUACGAGCUGGGAAAGGUCCUGUGUGAUGUGCACUCCUGGGAUGGAGUUGUCAUUGCUGGAUAUACAUCAGGAGAAGUGAGGUUGUGGGACACUCGCACCUGGGACUACACAGCCCCCAUCCUGGAAGCAGUGCAUGGUCCUGGUGAUGCUGGACCUCAGCCACAUGUCUCCUUUGUGAGGAUAAACAGCACUCUGGCUGUAGCAGCUUAUGAGGAUGGAACCAUCAGUGUCUGGAGCCUGCUGUUGGGACAGGAGCCAAUCCAUCAUUACCAGCACAACCAGAGGGUCCAGGCUCUAGCUCUGGCUUCAGAGGGUGCCACAGUGGCAACAGCAUCUGGCUUCCAGGUGAAAGUGGAAAGCCCUAAUGACAGAGGAGUCUGGCAGACUGCAGGAUCAUUUGAAAUCCAGAAACUGGUCAAAACAUUUGCCUGGUUACUGAAUGAGCCCUCGCAGAUUCUUCUUUACAACCUGGAAACAAGUCAGUGCCUGAGGAAGAUGGGCAACUCCAUAGGUGACUUUACAUGUGUCAACCUCCAGAACAGUCCUCCAAACAUGCUUGUAACAGGCAAUAAAGACAGAAGGGUCAGGGUGUUCGACCUCCGCUGCAGCCAACCUUUGUGCUCCUUCUAUGCUCACCAGCUAGGGGUGACUGCAGUCCAGAUGGAUGACUGGAAGGUAGUCAGUGGAGGAGGAGAGGGCUUGGUCUGUGUCUGGGACCAGCGGAUGGGCACCAAACUCUGGGAAAUGCACGCCAGGCAUCCAGUCCGGCACGUGUGGUUUAACUCCCACAGCCUCAUCACUGCCAACAUCCCCGAGGAGAAAGCUCCCCGAGGGGCCACCAGCAUGGACGACGACUUCGCUGCCCACCGCAAGCACCGAGGAACCAUCUAUGCCUACGAGUUCUCCGUGGACCAGCUGGCUGUGGACAGCGUCCUCCCUAUCUGCCGCUCCUCCUACGACGAGGCCACUGGUUACAACUACAACAUUGGCCUCACAGUGCCCUAUGACAACAUCUAGGGACCUCACCUGGCUCCUGUGGGCCAGCCCCCUGCCAAGUCCAUGGCCAAAGGCAAGGAGGUCCACGUGGAACAAAGGCCAAAGAGCUGACGCUGGCUGCAGGCACGUCCGAUGGGCUGAGCCUUUGCUGGAGACUUGAGGAGGUGAAGCAGAACAGGGAGUGUGGCUGCCCUGGAGCACUGCACUGAAAUCUGUUGCCUCACAAAUGGUCAGAGGUCCACUGUGGUGGAACAGAGAGACUGAAGAGUGAGGGGGAACAGCACACUUGAGUGUAAACAGAAGUGUUCCUUCCUGCUGCUGGUGGGGAAGUGCUCCUGCUCCCUCCUUGGCAGAGGAUGUGGUCAGGAAGCCAGAGCCCCAAGGCAAAGUGCUGAAGGCUGGGAGCACAUUGAGGGGUUCAUGCCUGUCCUAAGAGGGGAAAAGACCCACCAAGGACUUGAAGAAAGCAUCCUGCUGAGCCACAUGCUUGAAUUUCUUUCCUUGUGAUGAGCUGCUGGCUCUUCUGUUCCUCGGAGUGGAUCAGAAUGUGUCUAGGAUCAGGACCAUGCACAAAAGGUUGUGGCAGUUGGGAGAGGGAAGGAGGAUGGAGAAGGGAGGAGAAGGUUGGCCUUGACCUGGCUGGAUGCUUGGGAGCUCUGCAG